AUGAAGUCCAUAGUGGAAUCUAAAGUUGCAAUUGUAAACACUGCUAAUGUUGAGAAGCAAACCCAUUUGGGUGAUCAAGUGCAUGCCACUGUCCGCAGUGUGUUCGUUCCCUAUUAUUGCAAGAGCUUGCCCCAAGGGAAAACCUACAUUAUCUCGCACUUUCAUGUUUUUCCCAAUAAGGGGACAUACAGCACUACGGAUCAUCUUUAUAGAGUGUAUUUCAAGUACACAACCUUUAUAACAGCCUGUGAAGACAAUGGACAUAUACAUCCUUAUGGUUUUCAGUUCAAGAGAUUUAAAAAGAUAACAAAUGCACAGUUUGACAGUAGAUAUUUAGUUGGGUUGGCCGGUAGUAUGAAUUUGAAGUUAAUGGAUGCAAACACCGCAGAGAUGGAGUCUUUGAAUUGCACUUUGUCAGGAGCAUUUGCAGAUGAAAUUGUUGACUUUCUUUCUUACGCUACCACGAGACUAAAGGCAGUUGGGAUAGAUGUUGAACAAGCUCCGGCACGAACAGCUGAUCAGUUUAUUGCUCAGAUCAAAGAUGAAUUCUUAACUAUACAAGAUCAGCGUAAUAUGUCUAAACUGCAAGAGGACCUGUUGUACGUAUAUCCAGUUGGUGCAGUUGUAAUUGUUCUUGCAACUAUUGUUGAUAUUCAAGUGGGACAACAGUGGUGUUAUUAUUGUUGUAAGGAUUGUGACACUGAGGCUCUCAUGGAUGGUGAUGAGUUCUUUUGUCCAAACUGCUAUGAAAUUGCGAUGGCCAGUGACCCAAAGUACAUGCUGCAUUGUAUUGCGCAAGAUGCAUAUGGCACCUGCGGUUUUAUUAUUCCUGAGUGUGGACUCUCGGGGAUGUUGGGAGAUGCAACUGCAGAUUUGGGUCAUCACUAUAUUCAACAACAAAAAACUACCGAGGACAAGAAUUUGAUUAAAGCAUACAUGGAUAAUUUCAAUGACGAAGUGAAGUUGUCAAGUGAAUUUGAGGAUGAGUUAUUCGCAGAUGAGUGUUCAAAAAUGUCAGUGGUGGACUCAGAUGACGGUGGUUCUUCUCCUGUUUUGUGCGAUACCAAAACAACCUCACAUGUGUCCAGAGGAAAAUACAAGAUCAACACUGACAGCAGGGUUCCACGUACAGCACUGAAGAAAUUGGACUUCUAA